AUGGCCAAGCUAUCAACAUUGCUCUCCGCCGUCUUCUUGGCCAUUGGAGGCUUCCUUUUCGGAUAUGACAGUGGUAUCAUUACCUCGACAAUCGGCCAAACCGAGUUCAUCAGAUACUUUAACAACCCAAAUGAUACGGUGACAGGGGGUGUGGUAUCUGCGUUUCAAGGCGGUGCCAUUCUCGGAACCAUCAUCAACAUCUUCACUGGUGAUCGACUGGGACGCAAAAAGUCCGUCUUUGCCGGUGCCUGCGUCUCCAUUGUGGGCUGCGCGCUGCAGGGCGGAGCGGUCAACAUGACCAUGCUCAUCAUCGGUCGGUUUAUUGCAGGUGUGGCGGUGGGCAUGCUGACCGCUACCGUGCCCAUGUACGCCGGUGAGAUGGCUGAGGCCGCAUCCCGCGGCAUGAUGUCUGGUCUGCUGCAGUGGAUGUUAAGUUGGGGAUCUUUGGUUGCCCAGUGGUUGGGGUACGGAUGUUCCUUCAACACUACCGACUUCCAAUGGCGCUUUCCACUUGCGUUCCAAUGUGUUCCUGGCCUCAUUCUCAUGGUCGGUGUUUGGUUUCUCCAGGAAUCGCCUCGCUGGCUGAUGGAACAAGACCGCCACGAAGAGGCGCUGGCCACACUGCACCGCCUGCACGGUGAUGGAACCCCAGAGAAGUCACAGUACAUCGAACUGGAGUAUCAGGAGAUCCGGGAUACCAUUGAAGCGGAGCGCGCAAACAACACCAUUACUUGGUCCUCCAUCCUUACCAAACCUUCGUGGCGUCGUCGUCUCAUUCUCGGCUGUGGUGUGCAGGCUUUUGGCCCGUUGUCGGGCAUCAACGUCAUCAACUAUUAUGGAACGCGCAUCUACAGCUCAUUGGGUAUCGAGACACGCACCACGCUGAUGAUCAUCGGUAUCUCCGGUGGCCUGUCGAUCGUCUAUUGCACCAUCGGACUCUGGGCCCUGGAGCGCUUGGGUCGGAUCCGACCGCUGAUCGUCUCGGCAGCUGGCAUGGCGGCGGCGCUGGUGUGCAAUGCGGCCAUGUCGCAGCACUAUAACGAGAGCAACACCAAUCAACUACGGGCAAUGGUCGCAAUGAACUUCGUCUUCAGCUUGUUCUAUACAUCGCCUGGGAUCAUCUCCUGGGUCUACCCGGCGGAGAUCUUCCCCGUGGAUAUUCGGAACCAAGGCAAUUCCAUCACCACUUUCACCAAUUGGACCGUCAAUCUGGUGUUCGCGCAAUUCUCGCCUACAGCGCUAUCCAACAUUGGCUUCCGUUACUUUUACGUGUUCUUCGUAUUUAACCUCAUCGCCAUGAUCUGCUAUAUCCUCUUCUUCCCUGAGACCAAGGGUAAGACCCUCGAGCAGAUGGACGAGCUGUUCGGGGAUAUGAUGGUGUUGCCUGGAGACAUGAAGGGGAAGGAGGAAGCCCAAGUAACCAUGAUUGAGGAUGCUCACAUCGUCGCGCCCUAA